AUGCUCAUUGUCUUGGCCUCCUCCAAUGAAGUUGUUGCCAAGAAAAAUUCUUCAACACCUAAACUAAAACGAAGUGAUUUCCCAAAAGAUUUCAUCUUUGGAUCUGCAACCUCUGCUUACCAGGUCGAAGGAGCUGCUCAUGAAGAUGGUAGAGGACCAAGUAUCUGGGAUACUUUCUCUGAAAAAUAUCCAGAGCGGAUACAAGGUGGUAGCAAUGGAUCUAUUGCAGAUGACUCUUACCGUCUCUACAAGGAUGAUGUGGCGUUAUUGCACAACAUUGGCUUUAACGCCUACAGAUUCUCCAUCUCUUGGUCAAGAAUCUUGCCUCGUGGGACUCUUAAAGGAGGAAUCAACCAGGCUGGUAUAAACUAUUACAACAACUUGAUCAAUGAGCUUCUCUCCAAAGGGAUUAAGCCUUUUGUCACAAUUUACCAUUGGGAUACACCGCAAAGCCUUGACGAUGCUUACGGUGGAUUUCUGGGAAGGGAGAUUGUGAACGAUUUCCGAGAUUAUGCGGAUCUUUGCUUUCAAAAUUUUGGUGAUAGAGUGAAGCAUUGGAUGACUUUGAACGAGCCGUUGACAGUUGUGCAACAAGGAUAUCUUGCUGGUGUAAUGGCUCCAGGAAGAUGCUCCAAAUUUACAAACCCUGAUUGCACUGCUGGAGAUGGAGCAACCGAGCCUUAUAUCGUCGGUCACAACUUCCUUCUUGCUCAUGGAGAAGCCGUCAAAGUCUAUAGAGAAAAAUACAAGGCGUCUCAAAAAGGUCAAGUAGGUAUUGCUUUGAACGCGGAUUGGAACUUGCCCUAUAACGAAGAAUCAGCCGAGGAUAGGUUAGCAGCGGCACGAGUCAUGGCCUUCACAUUCGACUACUUCAUGGAGCCACUGGUUACCGGUAAAUAUCCGAUGGACAUGGUCAACAACGUAAAAGGCGAUCGCUUGCCAAAAUUCACUUCAGAACAAUCCAAGAUGCUAAAAGGCUCAUAUGAUUUCAUCGGCAUCAAUUAUUACUCUUCUUCUUACGCUAAGAACGUCCCUUGCUCCACCGAAAACGUCACGAUGUCCUCUGAUCCUUGUGCAAGCACCACAGGCGAGAGAGAAGGAGUUCCCAUUGGUCCAAAAGCUGCUUCGGAUUGGCUUUUGAUAUAUCCAAAGGGGAUUCGUGAUCUUGUCCUCUAUGCAAAGUACAAGUUUAAGGAUCCUGUCAUGUACAUAACCGAGAAUGGGAGAGAUGAAGCUAGUAGAUACGGUGAAAUCUUGCUUAAUGACGGCGAGAGAAUUGAUUUUUACGCUCGACAUCUAGAGAUGGUUAGAGAUGCUAUCUCGGUUGGAGCCAAUGUGAAAGGCUUUUUCGCGUGGUCGUUGCUAGAUAACUUCGAGUGGGCAAAUGGUUACACGGUCCGGUUUGGGUUGGUUUACGUGGAUUACAAGGAUGGAUGUAAAAGAUAUCCCAAGAAAUCGGCUCUUUGGUUUAGGAAGUUGUUGCAUCAAAACAAAAGCAAUUGA